UUUGGGGCCCCCCCUAUGGGGCUCCCCGCCCCACUUAAAGUGGGGAAAUUACUGGAACGCCCCCCUUUAAUAGAAUACGGAAGACACAUUUCCGUAUUGAAUACGGAAGUUUAAUAUCCGUAUUAUAUUAGUAUGUAAACCGGCAAGGGUUUAUUCAAACCCAUUUCAAACCCAUUUCCGUAUUUUGCCAAGCUCUUCUCCCCUCUUCAACCUUCGAUCUCUGUCGCUCCCCUUGCUUGAACCGUGUACUUGAAAGGUUCCAUCAUCUCCAUCAAAGCUCUUCACAACCCCAUUCUCAGAAUUGAAACCUAGAGUGAGAAUGAAGAACAGAAAGAGGUCUCAUGCUUCUAGUGAGGAUGUCGGGGCUACUGAGGAUAGACACCGGCGGUUACAUGCUUCUAGCCGGCGCGGCGAUCAUGCUGCAACCUCUCAGGCGGUGGAGGCUUCAGCUCCAGUUGUUUCUCCGCCGUCUCCCAUGAUUGAGGUUCCUCUGGUUGAUUAUCCGCCGUCUCCCACGGUUGAGAUACCUACAGUUGUUUCUCCGCCCUCUCCCAUGGUUGAGUCAUCAGGCGAGGAGUCCUCAGGCGAGGAGUCUUCCGGCGAGGAGUCAUCAGGCGAGGCCUCAUCCGGCAUGGGAGGAUCUGACGAGGAAAGUAUUCCUCCGCCUACUGUUGAUGCUGAUGUCCUGCCGCCAGAGCAGGGGGAGCAGGGGGCACAGGGUGGCGAGGAGGACCUGAUCCAGAGGUUGCCGCCGUUUCCGGGGGGGCCUGUUGAGCUAUCGCUCCUCACCCAUUAUGCUGAUCACAAGGCUCCCUGGGCGUGGCAUGCACUCCUACGCACAGACGAGCGGUAUGUGGACCGUCGACAGUUGAAGGUGGCCACAGCUGGGGGGAAGGUUUGGAACCUUGCUUGUGAUGGUGAUUCAGACAGUCACAGGCGGGUUCGAGAGUUGAUUGAGCAGACGGGUCUUCAUCAGCUACCAUAUUGCAGCUACCCGGUGACAGAUGCAGGCCUUAUUUUGGCCCUUGUGGAGCGAUGGCAUGAGGAGACUAGUAGCUUCCACAUGCCGUUCGGGGAGAUGACUAUCACCUUGGACGACGUGUCGGCUCUUCUCCAUCUCCCCAUGGGGUCGAGGUUCUAUACGCCUGGGAGGGGGGAGAGGGACGAGUGUGCAGCGCUCUGUGCUCAGUUGAUGGGAGGAUCUGUUGGUAUUUAUGAGGCUGAGUUUGAUACGAAUAGGUCCCAGACUAUUCGCUUUGGGGUCUUGCAGACCCGGUAUGAGGCUGCAUUGGCGGGUAUGUCUUAA